AACCAUAACGGACAAUUGUUGCCACAUCUGAAUUUCCAAGUUUUUUUUAUUUUAAAGAAAAAGGAUAUCGCAUCAGAUAAUCCUCCAUUGGAUGCAAAUCAAAUUGCCAAAAAAAGUACAUACACGUUGCAGAUUCCUUGGGCGGAAGUGGAACUGGCUCGAAGCUUGCUCAACCAGCAAUGUCUUGGUAUUGGGUUUUUGCAAUUAGGAGGUUAGUGGUUAGGGUUUUUCAUGCAAAACAAGAGGAACCCAUGUCUUGGAUGUCCGAUUCAUGCAACGGGUUUUGGUGGGGAUAAGGUUUUGGAUUGAUUCUCCUUGGUUUUGAGGUUGUACAUUAGAGAUCUCUUACUCUCAAUCUACUGCAGCUAAAAAACAAAGAACAGAGAGAGGGAAGAGAAUCUCUAUUUUGUUGGGUAUUUGUCAUUAUCCCCUCCUCUUUUUCAAGAUCAAUCCUUUGGUUUUGAUUGAAGCCAAACAUGGCGAAUCGUUGGUGGGCUGGAAAUGUUGCAAUGAGAGGAAUGGAGCCUGUAGCUUCAGCUCCAUCACUUCACCUCAGAAGUCAAGAGGAAGAGCGGACACCUUUGAACCGUCUUGGGCAGAGAAAAGAACAGGAAUUUAUUGAUAACAACGCUGGCGGAGAGAGCAAUAGCCCUAAUCCCACAACUCCGAACCAGGACCAGAACCAGGAGGAAGAAGAAGACAACAAUCAGGAAUCCGAGGAGAUGAAUACUGCCCUCGUAACUAUCGAACCAGGCUCCGCUUCCUCCUCUCGUCGGCCUAGAGGCCGGCCUCCGGGUUCCAAAAACAAACCGAAACCCCCCAUCGUCAUCACCAAAGAAAGCCCUAAUUCUCUCCGAAGUCACGUGUUGGAAAUAAAAAGCGGCAGCGAUAUAGCUGAGUGCAUCGCAAAUUUCGCUCAGCGCCGCCACCGUGGAGUGUCUGUUCUUAGUGGCAGCGGCAUUGUCACUAAUGUUUCCCUCCGCCAGCCAGCGGCACCCGGUGGAGUGAUUACUUUACAUGGAAGAUUUGAAAUUUUGUCGUUAUCUGGGGCUUUUUUGCCCCCGCCAUCGCCAGCUGGGGCAACGGGGCUAACUGUUUAUAUGGCGGGCGGGCAGGGGCAGGUCGUGGGGGGCAGCGUAGUGGGGGCGCUGGUGGCAUCAGGCCCUGUGAUGGUGAUUGCGGCGACUUUUGCAAAUGCUAUUUAUGAGAGGCUCCCUUUAGAGGAUGAUAAUGGAGGUGCUGAUAGAAACGGAGGAGGAGAAGGGCAGCAGCAAGGCAGUGAUGGUGGUGGCGGCGGCGGAGGUAAUUCAGGGAGCCAGUCUCAGGGUUUUGAGCAAGGCGGUUCAAUGCCUCUCUAUAACUUAUCUCCUAAUUUGCUGCCUAACGGACAAAUGCCUCAUGAUGUGUUUUGGGGUCCUCCGGUUCGUCCUCCAUCUUACUAAAUUCAGUCUUCAAAAAUGGUUUGGCUUUUUCCCGACUAUGGUUUUGUUAAAAAAAAUUUACGGAUGCAUGCUUAAUGUUGAUAUAAGUUUAUUAGGGAGGAAAGUAGGGCUUUUUGGUUAUAAUUUCUUCAUUUUGUGAAUCUGAUCCGGCUAAUGCUACGGCUUUGUUUUAUGUUCUGGAACUUGUAUAAUCUAGAACUUUGUAGAACGCCUUUUUUUCUUCUCCCUAAUCAGCUUUUUACCGGAGCAAUAUUGUAUCUUUAGUGAUGUAGGAAAGAAAGAAAUAUGGAGGAA